GAAUAUUCUGCCGAAUAUUCGCGAGCGUUUACACGUGCUCGGUGCGUGACGUUGCUUCGCGUUGAUCGAACCUUGCCGAUCUUACAGUAUGGUAUCCCCGAAACAGAUGUCGACGGAGCAAUUCGCGGAAGUGCUCACGCAGAAAUUGGAGAUCGUCGCACGAGAGCAGAAGGCCAACGAGAAACUGGAGAAAUAUCUGUAUCAAGACAACGACGCGUCGAACGGUAACGAUGCGUCGGUAGAAACUUGUGGCGCUUCCAAGACUCUCGGCGACGCGCUGAAGGAAAAGUUGUCUAUGGAGGAAAACAGCGAUCAGGCGAUCCUCGACGAGCACGUAUCUCGCGUCUGGUCCGAUCAAACACCUUCAAGAUCACCCAGACUCUCACCCGAGAGAAGGCGUCCCACUCAUAAUUAUCCACGGCCUUACAAGCAGAGGAAAGAAAAAGAUAUGGACUCCACAUUCUCAGUGGAUAGCGGUAAUAUCCAUGACUUUCAAGAGGGCAGCGAUCUUGUUGGAGCCGGUUCCAUGAGCUCACACCUGCCCAAAUCUAAAUCUGUGCCAUCGGAUUACGGAUACUGUGAUUUCCUCCACAAGCAGGAUCUGCACGUUCAAGGUCACAACCAAAGAUUCCGAAGGUCGGACAUGACGAGACGGUCAGCCACGAAAAAGUCAAUGACGGAACUAACGGAUAGUGGAGUGAGCGUGGUCAGCGACGUGCAGCCUUCCGUAAACAAGGACGUUCGUCUGUUGCCUCGGUUUAAGGAAAUGGACAAGAAGGUUGAUUUGAAGCAUGGUAGUCGCCAUGGCAAGAGGUACGGCUCGCGUAGCGGGUCCUUAGAAAGGCCAAACAGAGAAACGUGGAGCAUGGGGGUACCUGCUCAACCGUUCGUCGCUGAUCCGGGAAUGCCACCGCUAACGCCACCUCAUACGGUUAUACAAUUAGAGGAGACUUGUAGAAGACUUAUGGAAGAGAAUAAAAUCCGUGCUAGUUGCAAGCAACGACACCUCAACGUUUCGAAACAGACGCACGAGUUUGCGUCGCAGAGCCAACCGUACGUCCAAUCCAAUCAGUCCACUUUGAGGAAACCGAAGCAGGACGAUUUCACCACUGUUGUGUUCAGUUUCUGUGACGAGCAAUUCCCCUACAGGACCAAAAUUCCUGGUCACAACGUCACGUUGAAGCAGUUCAAGGAGUAUCUUCCGAAGAAAGGGAGCUAUCGAUACUUUUUCAAAACGGAAUUUGGCACUGGGACGGCAAACAUCAGAGGAGUGGAGAAAAGAAGAAAGGAAGAUCAUUAG